CGGCGUCGUUUCAUCGUUCGUAGAAAAAUCCUAAUUAGUGGCCGCAGAACCAAAGAGUAAGAAAAAUCAAACCUAAAAGAAAAGAACACUAGCAAAUCAAAAACUCAAACAAUGGGAGGCAAAUGUCCACACAGAAAGGUGAAGAAAAGAAGAUUAUCUCACAAAACUGAUCGCCGUGCUAAAUUCCUCAUCAAAGGUGAUGAUAUGGUUUAUGAUGAAUUAAACAAGCCUGAGGAAGAGAGAAAAGCUUUACCUUUAGAUGAAGAUUUGCCUGGAAUGGGACAGCAUUAUUGCCUUCACUGCGAUCGAUACUUUUCCGGUGUUGCUGUGAGGGACGAGCAUUUUAAGACCAAAAAACACCGGCGACGUGUGAAACAAAUGAUGGGUGAAGCACCACACACUCAACUUGAUGCUGAGUUAGCUGCAGGGAUGGGAAUGCCAGAUAAUGGACCAAAGCUUAUGUCUAUGUAAUUUUAAUACUGACACUAGCUAGAAAAGAGCCCUUUUAAUGAUUUAAUGGGUUAGCACAUUAUAAAUUUCAACUUGGUUUAUGGCUGAAAAGGGGCCAUUUUUCUCUCACUUUUCUGUGCAAAUGGUAUUUGUCCUCUUUUCCUAAGGUGCUUGUGCUUAAAGUAAAUUGUUCGAUUGUUUUAAUAAAGCUACAUGCCU